AUGCAGGUGUCCGGUCUGGAGUUGUAUCUCUGCGAUCUUGAGGAGAGGGACGAGAGAGAGCCACCAUCGAUCUUUCUUUUGGUUAGUAUUCUAUAUUCGAUUAUCUCGACAUUUGGCAAGAUGGGCUGUGGAGCAUCCAAAGAAGGUCUUCAAACGGUGGACGACAGCGUUCAUGUUAUGCUCAAGCACGACAAGAAGGUAGCACAAAAAAAGGGUGAAGCACCCAAGGGCUACGUGCCAAGAGCACCACAUCCAUUACUUCAAAAGCAAGAAGGAGAGGGACAAGCAGCAGAUAAUGCUAAUGGAACAGAGCAAGCAGGAGCACCAAAGCCUAUUGUAGCUUCGGAAGAAUAA